AUGAGUGUAACAGGGUGCGAUUUUGUGAUUUCAUUGAUUAUUUACUGUGGCUUUCAAAUUCAAUUUUCCCUCCUUUCUUGCAAAUUUUCUCCUCCCUCUCUAUGUCAGAUUGUUCUUUUCUCUCUCUCUCUCUCCCUCAAAAUGUUCUUCUUCGCCUCUCUCUUCCUCUCCCCUUUUUAUCGACUUUUCUUUUCCCUCUGUCUCUUUAUUACACUUUUCUUCUCUUUCUCUGUCAGACUGUUAUUCUCUCUCUCUCAAACUGUUCUUCUUUACCUCUCAUUUUUCAACUUCUCUCUCUCCUUUUUAUCGAUUUCUCUUUUCACUCUGUCUCUUUAUUACACUUUUCUUCUCUUUCUCUGUCAGACUGUUCUUCUCUCUCUCUCUCUCUCAAACUGUUCUUCUUUACCUCUCACUUUUCAACUUCUCUCUCUCCUUUUUAUCGAUUUCUCUUUUCACUCUGUCUCUUUAUUACACUUUUCUUCUCUUUCUCUGUUAGACUGUUCUUCUCUCUCUCUCUCCCUUUCUCUCUCUCUCUCUCAAACUGUUCUUCUUUACCUCUCACUUUUCAACUUCUCUCUCUCCUUUUUAUCGAUUUCUCUUUUCACUCUGUCUUCUCUUGAUUUUCCUUUUCUCUCUUUUGUACAGACAUUCCAUCUCGCUUCUCUUUUCUCUUCCCUCUUUCUUUGUUUAUCUUGUUAUCCCUCUCUUUCAUUUACUGCCUUUCUCUUCAUCUUCUCUCCUUGCUUUUUUACUGUACUCUUUCUUUUCUUAAUUUUUUAUCUCGUCAUUUGCUGUUUCUUAGAAUUUUUUUCUCCCACUCACUUUUCUCCCUUUUCCUUGUCAUUUUAUCUUUCUCUCACUUCUCUCUAUUCCCUUCCAUUUUUCUUGAAUUUUUCUCUUUCUAAAAUUUAUUGUCUCUCUCUCUCUCUCCUCCCUUUAUUUCUCUACUUUCCCUUUCUCUUUUCUCUUCCCUCUUUCCUUGUUCAUCUUUUCAACCCUCUCUUUUUCUACUCCCUUUUUUCUCUCAAACUUUUCUCCUUGCUUGUUUUUCAUCUUACUCUCUCUUUUCUCAGCUCUCUGUCAUUUCUCAGUUUUUCUCUCCCCCCUCUCUCUCUCAUUGCUAGAAAUUUCAUCUUUCUCUUUCUUGUUUCUCACCCUCUUUGCUUGUCUUAUUAUCUCUCUCUCUCUCUCUCUUAUUUCUUGAAUUUUUAUUGCUUUCCUCUCUAUUUUUUCUUGAUAUUUCUUUUCUUUUUCUUCUACUUUUCUGUUUUCUUCACUUUCUCUUUUCUCAAUGUUUGUCCUCCCCACACUCUCUUUUCUCAACAUGUACCACAUCUCUCUCUCUUUUACUUCUGUCUUUCACUCAUGCUCUCUCUCUCUCUCUCUCUCUUUCUCUCAUUAUUACAAUUUUUAUCCCUCCCCUUUUUUUCUUCUCUUUCUCCAUGGUUUCUUCCUUCUUUCAAAUCAUUGCCACUUUACUUAUCUUCACCAUCUAUCUAUCUAUCUAUCUAUCUAUCUAUCUAUCUAUCUAUCUAUCUAUCUAUCUAUCUAUCUUCUUUUCCCAUCCUAUCCUCCUUUCUUUCUUCCUGCCUGCCUGCCUCUUUUCUCAUUCUAUCUAUCUAUCUAUCUAUCUAUCUAUCUAUCUAUCUAUCUAUCUAUCCUCUUUUCCCAUCCCAUCCUAUCCUCCUCCUCCUUUCUUUCUUCCUGCCUCUUUUCUCAUUCUAUCUAUCUAUCUAUCUAUCUAUCUAUCUAUCCUCUUUUCUCAUACUAUCCUCCUCCUCCUUUCUUUCUUCCUUCCUUCCUGCCUGCCUGCCUGCCUCUUUUCUCAUUCUAUCUAUCUAUCUAUCUAACUAUCUAUCUAUCUAUCUAUCCUCUUUUCUCAUACUAUUCUCCUCCUCCUUUCUUUCUUCCUUCCUUCUUGCCUGCCUCUUUUCUCAUUCUAUCUAUCUAUCUAUCUAUCUAUCCUCUUUUCCCAUCCCAUCCUAUCCUCCUCCUUUCUUUCUUCCUUCCUGUCUGCCUGCCUGCCUCUUUUCUCAUUCUAUCUAUCUAUCUAUCUAUCUAUCUAUCUAUCUAUCUAUCUAUCUAUCUAUCUAUCUAUCUAUCUAUCCUCUUUUCCCAUACUAUCCUCCUCCUUUCUUUCUUUCUUCCUUCCUUCCUUCCUGCCUGCCUGCCUCUUUUCUCAUUCUAUCUAUCUAUCUAUCUAUCUAUCUAUCUAUCUAUCUAUCUAUCUAUCCUCGUUUCCCAUCCCAUCCUAUCCUUCCUCACCCUUUCUCCCUUCCUUCCUCCCUCUUUUCCCCCUCCUAUUCUUCCUUCAAAUCUUUACAUCUCUUAUCCUCUCUCUUCCUACCUACAGUUCUUUAUCUCUCCUCAUGCUUUUCAUCUAAAGCCCGUCUCUUUUUCCAUGCCUUCUUCUUUCUUUCAAAUCCUUACCUCUUUGCACAUCCUUGCUAUCAAAUACCCAGCUUUAUCCAUUCCUAUCCUUCUUCUCUUUUCUUUCUCCCAUUUCUUUCUUUCUUUCUUUCUCCCAUUUCUUUCUUUUUCUUUCUUUCCUUCUUUCCUUCUUUCUUUCUUUCUUUCUUUCUUUCUCCAUCCUAUACUUCCUCUCCCUUCCUAAAGAUCUUUAUCUCUUCUUUCAUGCUUUUUUUUUCUAAACCCUGUCCCUUUUUCCAUGCUUCCUUCUUUCUUUCAAAUCCUUACCUCUUUCUAUAUUACCUUCCUUCCUUCCUCAUUUUCAAUCUUUUCCUUCCUCCUCCCACUUUUUUCAUCUUAUCCUUCACCCUUCAUCCUUGCAACUCUCUACCAUUCCCCCCCACCACACUUAUCUCUUCUAGUCCUACCUUUCCUUCUUUCUAUUCCCCAAAGGGCAAUCACAUUUUAAGCAGUUGGGAGAAAACAAGAAGAGUCAGUCAAAUCUCCAGAGCAACCAACAGCAGUGCUUCUACUCCUAUGCCAGAAAAUGUGAUUCCCACACCACUGGAACCAACCAACCCACUGGUGAAGGAAUUUUUGGCUGAUACUUGGUCUCAGGACCAUGUCCCUGUAACUUGCAGUGGCAAGACUGAUGAAGAUGACAGGUAUUUAAUACAGCCAGAUGAGAUCUACAAUGAGUCAGUUACAUACGAUCCUCAUAAGGGCUACUCGCUGAACUUCUUUCCACGAACCAAAAGCAACUGGUAUCAGGCACCUCUGGUGAUGGUACAGUUUAACACCCUACGACCAGGGACACUGAUCAACGUCCAGUGUACAGUAUGGGCUAAUUACAAGAACAGUACAACUAUUAUCCAGUCAACUACAUCAUUCAAAAUUCAUAUGAACUAA